GGCUCAAGAACGGAGGGGCACAAGAGGACUCAGCCAGAAGAGGAGGCGAUACAAAAGUACAAUAGACAUUACUGAUUUUGGGAUUUGUUUGCGGCAGUGGCAAAGUGAAGAAAAGGUUGAAACGGUUUAUAAAGCGUAUACCGUCACGAUUAGUAUACAGAUCACCUCCCUAUCUCGUUAAAUCAAGCAGGUUUCCUUCACACAAAUAUACCAAAUAGAGAGAAUACACAGUUAUAAAUCAGCAUGGGACUGACUUCAGAAAUAGCUGGAGCAAUUGAAGAAAAUGGGCAGAUGUUUGAAAAUGGAGCCGAGCUUGAGGGUGGGGCACUGCCCACAAGGCCACCGAUGUCAGUGGAUUUGACGUUAUCACAGAGAAUGCUGAGCGCUUGCACUGGUUCCCUUUUAACAUCGCUGGUUGUGACCCCAUUUGACGUUGUGAGAAUCAGACUACAGCAACAAGAACUGCUUUAUCCAAUUCAAACGCAGGAUGCUACGUGUUGCAGGAAGGUAUUCUGGGAGCUCUCUACGACUGAAAUGGUUGGCUCGUUGAAGGGUAAUUUUUGCCAGCCAAAUUCCUGUCUCAACGAAGGUGCCAAACUUGAUGGAGCAUUCCAGGGCCUACGAAAAAUAGCUGCACAAGAAGGCAUCUCGACGCUAUACCGAGGCUUGGGUCUCACUUUAGUUAUGGCGAUACCCUCCAACGUGGUGUAUUUUUCAGGCUACGAAUUUCUCAGAGAUUCUUCGCCAGUCAAGGAUACCUAUCCCAUGAUCAACCCUUUACUAUGUGGUUCGAUUGCACGUGUUCUAGCUGCAACAUCGGUGGCACCCCUGGAGCUGAUAAAAACAAGGAUACAAGCUGUUCCAACAGGAAACAACAAAACAUCGGCGUCUAUUUUCAGAAUGGUUAUCAGAAAUUCUCUGCAAGAGAUCAAGCACAGUGGGAUCUCCACAGUUUUCAAAGGAUUGGGCCUCACAUUAUGGAGAGAUGUUCCUUUUAGUGGCAUUUACUGGUCGACUUAUGAAUACAUUACCCAUGCCUUGAAAACAAGAACAAUUAUGGACGAUUCAAAUCAUCAUAUAGGCACAGACACAGCACUGUUUUUGAGGUCUUUUAUUGGAGGUUCUUUGGCCGGUGUAACUGCAGCAAUAUUCACCAACCCAUUUGAUGUGGGUAAAACCAGAAUGCAAGUCUCCUUUGAAGAUGAUCAGGGUCCAAACUCCCUCGUCAAUAGAAAAAAACAUAAAAAGUCAAUAUUUAAAUUUAUUGAGCAGAUAUACAAAACUGAAGGAUUUUCGGCGUUGUAUGUCGGUCUUGUUCCACGUUGUAUGAAAAUUGCCCCUGCUUGUGCUAUAAUGAUUUCAAGUUAUGAAAUGACCAAAAAAUUCUUCAAAGAUAAAUCGAGCUAGAUUAACAGAUCUAGCUUGUCUUCGCCUGAUAUCAGCGAAGAAGAUUGUGUACACUUUUUUGAGUGUACGUAUAAAAUUUACUAAGCAUGGAUAAUAUUCCCUUCUUUCUCACUCUUUUUUACAUUACAC